GAAACGAUCUUACGGGUUGUCUGGAACCCCGCUCAGUGUUUAAUUACCAGCAACUCAACCACAUACCUCCUGACGACGCAUUGUAUGCUUCUCAAACCAUUGCCACGACCCAAGUCAACUAUCGAGUUAACUGCAAGAGGCAGCCAUAUGUGAGACAAAUAUAUACUGACUCGUCACGUGGGCACCCUGUUCUCUGCAAUCCUUAUCGCAGAUGUCCUUCCAGUAGUGUCGUUAGCCUUCGCCCCGGGAUAUUUAUUCAGCUAGGCAGGGACUGCAUAUGAGUUUGCCCCUGACCAAGCUCUUCGUGAUGUACUCCGGUUCAACCUCCAGCAUCUCCACAUCAGGCUCAAGCAGACCAGGGUCAAGGCCUUUGUUUGGGAGAAAGCACAGUGAAGCCCAUACUCCUGAAAGUCCCCCAACAACAGCGGACGAGCCAGUGUUCUACCCCGAGCCACGAUCCUCACAUUCAGAAGCAGGACCCCAGAAGAGUCGUAGACGACAGACUAACUACAUGAUACCCAGCCCUCUAGACUACUCUGUCUCGACACGACUGACCACCCCCCGCGCACCCACCACCCUCUUGGGCCUGACAGACCCCAGGAGUAGCAGUCAUAUCCGUAUACAGCCGACGCCGGGGCCUAUCUACCAAGUGCCUGACCCUCAACACAUUCCAAGUGUGAUGCCCUGAUGAUGCAGAGGAUCUUAUCCUGUAUGCCCACGGGUUGCUGAAACUGUUCGAAGAUAAGCUUGAUGUUCAGCCCCCUCAUUACAAAAUAGAGCCCCCCACCAGACGUUAUGGGAGCCGAGUCGUGAACAGUCGGCCGACGCCGGCGAAAUUCCCUGUCUUCGCGGAUGCCGAAGAUGAGAACGAGACAAAGACGGGAGAAACUGAGUCUGUUUUUGUCACAAAAUUAUCCACUUUGAAAUAAAUAUAUAUUGCCUA